CGUGAGGAACUCGCCUCGCAAACACACACACGCACACGCACGCGAACACACUCGAGUUCUGGGGCGGGCAGAGCGAGAGCGAGAGUAGUUAUCUUCUUUUCCCAUUUUUCCUUUUCUUCUUGGGCCUCUCGUCCUCUAGCGGCGCGAAGAUGCUGGGCUCCACAUCUCGCCUUGGCCUGCGCCUGUCGCAGAUCGGGAAGGUGACCCCGGGUUCCCGCAGGAUUACGACGUCCGCCGCUGCUUUCAGGAGCUUCGCCCAAGUGCCCAAGGAACUCCAGAAGAAGAUGUUCAACUUCCAGGUGGACAACGGCCUGCCAGUGCACGUCCGCGGCGGCAUCGUAGACAAGGUGCUCAUGGUGGCCACGUAUAUUGUAUGCGGUCUCGGCCUCCUCGACUGCUGCAGGGUGUACUAUGUGCUCUCGUACCCGGCGAAGGAGGAGAAGGAGUAGCGGGGGAGGAGAAGGAGGGAGGAGAGAUAAGGAGGAGGAGGAGGAGAGAUAAGGAGGAGGAGGAAGAGAGUGAGGUGGGUAAUGUAGGAAGAAGGAGAAUAAGGUGGAUAGUGGUGGAAGGAGGGUAAGGAGGAAGAAGGAAGGAUUAUAAAGAAGAGAGAAAGAAGACCUAGGGAAGAGCGAUGAUAACGAGGGAGAACAGGAAGAUAAAUAAGGAAUUCGAUAGAAGGAAAGGAAGAAGAGGAGGAGGAAGAUAAUCCGCCGCCUUCAUUUCCUCUCUAUUCUUCUCCUCCUUCCAAUAUGAUUCAUUAAACAGCAUCUAAUCUAAUCUAAUCCCUUCGAUAUAUCAGUUUCUUCCUUUUUUGGUCCGAAAACAAACGAACACAGAAAUUGCGAUAUUUUUUUUUUCCUCCUCGUAAGUACAGAGUUUGAGACAGAAAUGACAUUUAAAAAAGAAAUGCAUUUCAUUUUCCCAACUUCUCGAUGUAUGAGGCCGUUGUGGUGUAAAUAUUUAUUGAAAGUUUAAUCCAAUAAAUCUGUAGAGAAUAUA